AUGUCGCAGGACCCGCUCACCCAGAUCCCCUUCUCGGACCCUCCCUACCUCCUCGGCCUUCCGUCUCCAUUUUACGAAGAGAAGCACCUCAAGUUCCAGAAGGCAUGCCGAGCAUGGUUCGAGAAGAACUUCCUCCCCAACUGCAUGGAGUGGGAGAACGCAGGCACACUGCCAGAGGACCUCUUCGACAAGUUCAACAAGGACAACAUGCUGGUACCCAACCUUCCUGCACCACUACCGGUAAAAGAGCUGCACGCGGCUGGAAUCAAGCACAUCCUCGGCACACCUAUCGAAGACUGGGACUACAUCCACACUGGCAUCUACGUCGACGAGAUGAACCGAUCCGGGCUCGGCGGGCCAGCUUCAGGUCUGAAUGCAGGCUUCUCAUACGCAAUCCCUCCGAUCAUCAAGUUUGGUUCGCAGAAGCUGAAAGAGAAGUGGUUGCCAGACUUCUUGACGGGCAAGAAGAGGACAUGCAUUGCGAUCACCGAGCCUAGCGCUGGUAGCGAUGUCGCGAAUGUGGAGACGACUGCGGUCAAGAGCAAGGAUGGGAAGCACUACAUCGUCAACGGCACGAAGAAGUGGAUCACAAAUGGCAUCUGGAGUGACUACACCACGAUGACGGUGCGAACAGGCGGCAAGGGCGCUGGAGGCUUGAGUCUGCUCAUCGUGCCACUCAAGAACACGCCCGGCGUGGAGAUGCGACGCUUGACUGUCACAGGUAGCAAGACUGGUGGCACGACAUUCAUCGACAUUGAAGACUUGAAGGUGCCUGUGGAGAAUCUGAUCGGUGAAGAGGGCAAGGGAAUGUUCUAUGUCAUGACCAACUUCAACCAUGAGCGACUCCUGAUUGCAAUUGGUACCACACGCCAGGCUCGAGUAGCGCUGAGCACGACAAUGGCAUAUGUCAUGAAGCGCGAGGCGUUCGGCAAGGCGCUGAUCGAGCAGCCGGUGGUUAGGAAUCGGUUGGCGAGAGCGCUGGCUGAGCUGGAGACUUUGCAGAGCUGGGUGAACGAAUUCCUAUGGCAGAUGAAGCACUUGCCCAAGGCCGAGGCGGAUACCAGACUGGGAGGAUUGACGGCAUUGGUGAAGGCGAAGGCGGGUAUGGUACUGAACGAGUGUGCGCAGUGUGGCGUGUUAUUGCAUGGAGGAAAUGGAUUCACGGAGACCGGCCAGGGCGAGCUUGUGGCGCACAUUUACCGAGACGUCAUGGGCGCUCGAAUCCCUGGUGGAUCGGAGGAUGUCAUGCUGGAUCUUGCAAUCCGACAAUUGGUCAAGAAUUACCAAAGGGCAAUUGCAAAAUUGGAAAAGGAGGGUGGUGCGAAGCUAUGA